UGGUAGACUCACAGUGUUGUUACAGCAUCAGAAAGAAGAUGUCAGAGCCUGUUGUUUAUUCUGAGGUGAAGUUUAAGAACGGCCCAAGUCCCAAAAACAAUACCACAGGAACUGGAGGACCACAGUUAAAAGAGACCUCAGAGGACGAGGUGGUAUAUUCUUCUGUGGUGAUCUCCAAGACUCCCGCCUCAAAUCAGCAGGACCCUAAAGAACUAUCUCUGCCCAAUGACGCGCCCCCAGCGGAGAGGUCAAAGGGCAAAUGCAGGUGUCCCCGUCUGCUAUUGGUUAUGGUGGUGCUCUGCAUUCUGAUCCUUGCCUUGGGACUGGCCGUUGGUCUGGCUUUAUACUUGACCGGUACCUUAAGUACCGGUAAACCAGAAGAAGAAACAGCCACAAAACAAAUUGCAGACAACAGACACACAACAGACACACCUCAAGGCUCAACAUCUGAAGGAAAUAAAGAACCAGCUGUUACAGAUCCCUCAAAAGAAUGUCAAGAACAUACUUGUAAGUCUGGCUGGGAAUACCAUGGGAGUCAUUGUUACUACUUCUCCAAUAAGACUGGAAAUUGGAGUAGAAGCAAAGACAAAUGUCAGGGGAUGAAGAGUCACUUGGCAAUCAUAGACAAUAAAGAAGAACAGAUCUUCCUGAUGGAGCAAAUUAAAAACAGAAUUACUGAUUCAGAGGACAAGUUCUGGAUUGGUCUGAAUGACAUGCGGGAGGAAAAUGAAUGGCGUUGGGUGGACAACACAACUCUCAACAAUAGCAAAGCGUUCUGGCUUCAUGAAAAGGAGCCUGAUGAUUGGAAAGGUACACCUGAAAAUCCACAUCCUGAGGGAGAGGACUGUGUGCGUAUGGGAGAGACAUCCUUUGACAGCUCAAAACCAAAUGGUUGGGUUGACACAGGCUGUCAUAGAGACAUGAGAUUUAUUUGUGAAACUGGCACUUGUGGUCACCAUUUCUUUGGAGAGGUGUGA